AUGAGAGCCCAACUGUAUAUAAGGACAGACCUGAAUGCUAACCUCCACUCCUCUUUCACCAUGCGGGGUCUUCUCUUCUUCCUCUGUUGCCUUGUGGCCCUGACCACUUGUCGAGGUGUUCGUUAUGAUCUCAGCCUGAAUCACAGGAAAACCUAUGAGUACAAAUAUGCAGCAGAAGUGAACUUUGGACUCGGCAAGCCCAAUCGAGCCGAGUCUGCUGUGAGAAUGAUGUGCAACGUCAAGAUCUCUGGUGAAUCUCCACAAACAUUCAUUCUUCAGGUUUCAGACGUCACCUUUGCAGAGCUCAAUGGCAUCCCUGGGAAAAGUGAUUUCAAUCCUUCCCCAAAGCUCAGUCAACGUAUUGCUGCUCAGCUUGCCAAACCUAUCAAGUUUGAACAUAGCAAUGGCCAUGUUGGAAACAUCCAUGCAGCUCGUGACAUUUCUGACACUGCUGUCAACAUUGUGAGAGGGAUACUGAGUUUCUUCCAUGUAACUGUCAAGACUUCACCAACUGUCUAUGAGCUAGAAGAGGCUGGAAUCCAUGGAGUGUGUCAGAGUAACUACGCUACUGAAAUAAACCGGGAAACACACAACAUGAACAUCACUCAGGUCGUGGAUAUCAGUAACUGCAGGGAUAAAGCAGCCAUACAAAAAGGAAUGGCCACCGCUGUCCAAGACAAAGACUCCAAGCAGAGAGGGGAAUCUUUGAUUUCCACUGUGAGAUAUCUUUACACCAUCCAACCAACAGAGGAGGGAGGUAUCGUUAAGAGUGCUUAUGGCCUGGAGCGACAGUACUUCAGUCCCUUCAAUGUGAAGCGUGGUAGUUUCAGGAUGAAAGCAAAGAAGGAAAUGGUACUGACUCGUUUGAGUGAGGGAAGUAGAGCUGCCAGUGCUGGGCCCAUGGAAAACAGGGGCAACCUAGUGUACAAGUUUGUGAACUCAGACGCAAACAUCCCUCUUGUGAUGCAGGACAUGGCAGACCCCAAACCAAAGGCUCUUAGAAUGAUCAAACAGUUGGCAGAGAAUCAUAGAAACCAGAUUAAUAACGCAACAACUGAAGAUACCUUAAAGGUGUACGAACUUUUGCGAGUGCUUCAAGAGAGGGAUUUAGAUGAAAUGUGGGUGGAACUGGCAAGAAAUGAUGAGCACCGACGCUUUUUCUUGGACAUGGUUGCUGAGCUCAACGAUGAGAGAGUCCUAAAAUUCCUGGAAAAGAGGUUUCAGGCAAAAGACGUGUCCACAAAUGAAGCUUUGCAAACCCUUCUGAUAGCUGUGGACCAUCUCCAAGCCACACCUGAGGUGGUUGAGAAAGCUAAAAUUCUGUUGACUAUGGAAUUAAUUAAAUCCAGUCCUUACCUGUGGCCUACUGCAGUGCUGUCCUAUGGCUCUCUGGUGUACAAAUACUGUGCAUAUCAUACACCAUGCCCACAAUCAGCUGUUCAGCCACUGCUGGAUAUUGCCAAUGAGGGUCUAAGAAACCACAAUGAAACUGAGAUGGUCAUCGCUCUGAAAGCUCUGGGCAAUGCAGGUCAUCCAAGUUCCAUUAAAACCAUCACCCGCUUCCUCCCUGGAGUCGCUGCCAACGCUGAAAAUGUGUCACCUCGUGUGCAGAGUGCUGCUGUGCAGGCUAUGAGACUAACAGCUCGCAGAGACCCCCACAAUGUCCAAGACACUGCCUUGAAAGUGUUCCUGCAAAAGAACUAUGCCCCUGAGACACGCAUGCUGGCAAUAAUGGUCCUUUUCGACACAAAGCCAUCGAUGGCUCUUGUGUCCACAUUGGCUGCACAUCUGGAGGAAGAAAAAGACCUCCAUCUUGCUAGCUUUGCAUACUCUUACUUGAAAAAUUUAGCCACAUCCAAGACUCCAGAUAAUCACGAUCUCUCAACUUCCUGCAGCCUAGCUGUGAAAAUCCUUGCUGCUAAAUUUGGUCAUCUCUGCCCCAAGUACAGCAGAUCAUGGCGUAUGGACCUAUUUGAUGAUGAUUUUCUAAUGGGAAUAUCUAAUGAAAUCAUUAUGUUAAGAGGUCCAGCAAGUGUGUUACCCACUAAGAUCAUGACAAAACGCCAGUACUAUGCCAUCGGUAGAGUUCUGCAGCUAAUGGAGUACGGCAUCCGUGCAGAUGGACUUAAGCAGAUAUUUGGCAACAGCAUCCCUGGAUUUAAAGGAGAUCUUAGCUACAGCGACUUGCAGGCUAUUUACAAUGUUCUUAAAAACUGGGAAUCUCUGCCAAACAAUAAGCCGGUCCUUUCUGCCUAUUCACGUGCCUCUGGACAAGAGUUUGUCUUUGCUCAACUCAAGAAGGAUCUCCUUGAGUACAUCAAAAGGAUUGUCAGCCCCUCUGCAUCGAGAGGAACUCCUGUGUGGGAUGCCAUUGAGACGUUAAAAAAAGGACUUUCAUGGCAUUGGACAAAACCUUUUUUGACUUUUGAGGCUCGUUAUACGCAAGCUACCACCCUGGGUUUCCCAAUGGAGAUCAGCAAGUAUUAUCAAACAGUCACAGGAAUCACCGUUAAUGCUAAAGCUGCAAUAAAUCCAGCACAAACUCAGCGUCUGGGAGACCUCGUGAAUGCAGAUAUUUCACUGGAUACUGAUGGUGUUGUGGGUUUCACAAAGGACUUCUGGAUUUUCUGUGGGAUCAACACAGAGCUUUUCCAGUGUGGUUCUGAGUUGAAGAGCAAAGCUCCCGUUGAACUCCCCUGGAAGCUUUCUGCCAAGAUCAAUAUUGGAAAAAAGAAAUUUGAACUUGACGUCCCCGCUUGCAAAAAAGAGAUUGAACUCUUCUCAAUCAAGUCCAACGUGUACGCAAUUUCAAGGAACAUUGGACAUCCAGAAUCUCCUAAAAGGACACCAAUGAUACCUGAUGAUCUCUCCCAGGAGCAGAGACCAACACCAAACAACUUUCAUCGCAGGGCAAAUGUGUGUGCCAAGAAUAGCAUUUAUGGAGUGGGUGUCUGUGUAGACUAUGAAGUGAAGCGACAGUAUUUUCAAGAGGAAUACCCCCUCUACUAUCUACUGGGAUACACCCACAUGGCAGUCAAAGUAGUCCCAGCCGAGGCGACCAGACCUGUUGAGAAAAUCCACUUUGAGAUUAAUGCUAACCCCAUCAGCCAACCAGGGGGAUUCCGUGAAUUGUUUGAGAUUUUCAAGAAUGAAACCAGGGGACAAUCAAAUUCAGCUUCAAAUGAAAGAGGAUCCAGUGAAAUCACAAUGGGGGCUGCAACACCUAAACCUGCCAUCAAUAUCAAAGCCCUUGCUAUGAGUGGCGAUCAGAGGCCUGAGGGUUUUGAUGUUAUCCUGUGCAGCCCAUCCGAAGGAGACACUCAGAGGGCCCAAGUGAUUGUGUCCCAUGUCGGUGCAGCCGCCAACUGGAAGUUGUGCAUCGACGCCACUGCGGAGUCUCGCUCUAAUGCAAAGGCAAAGAUUAGUUGGGGAGCUCAAUGCAAGCCCUAUGAAGUCACUGUUAUGGCGGCUGCUGUACAGUCCUCUCCUGCACAGUCCUCUGCUUCCAAGCCGGCACUUCAAGCCAAAGUUCAGUGGACUAAUGUCCCAGAAAAUAUCCAGAAUUACUGCUCUGGUAUUGAAAGAUACAUCCCAGGCAUGGCUUUACUUCACGGCUUCAACCAGACAUUUGUGAGAAAUCCCAGGCAGGAGGUUUGCGCCUCAAUUGUUGCUUCCUCAUCGGACAGCGUUGAUGUGAUCAUCAAACUUCCAGAGUACACAGUCUCCCGUCAGGCUGUCCCAGUUCCAAUAGCACCUGACAGUUUUCUUGAGGAAAAUGCAGCAAGAACUGGACAAGCCUAAAAAUACAAGGACAGCAAAGCCCAGAUGGGAGCCAGAUGCCUCAUCUAACAGUGAUAACAGCGCAACCAAAAGCUCACCACAGCGAGGAGCAUGAAAAAUGUAUCAGCAAUCUGUUAGAUGUCACCAGUUUGGAAAUAACCUGUAAAGGUCCUGAUUUAUUCAUUCGAAUGCAUGUUAUUAUUUGAACACCAUCAUUUGACUGUGUAAAUUCAUGCUUAUGAGUAUCCCCACUAUGCUUGAUUUACACUCUGUUUUUCUGAUUCUGAUAUAAUAAAUGUUUGUGCAUCCA